AUGACUAAUCGAAUUUUUGUAUUUGAUAAACAAAAAAUUAAUCAUCUGAUAAACUCUUAUCAAUAUCCAAUAUCCUCGGGUCUCCUAUAUAUAUACAUAUAUACCAGCUCCCUUGAUGCAUAAAAACCAAAAUUCAAAAAAAAACAAUGUACUCUGUAUCAAAACACCUCAUUUCCGUCCCUAUAUUGGCCGUGGUGGCCAUACAGCUCCUUUUCAUACGCAGUGUAUUGUCCUUGAACCAGACCAAUGCAUAUCUUCACCACAUAUGCAUAAACAGUCAAGGCACAUACAAUCCGGGAAGUCCGUACGAGGAAAGCCUCAACCGUGUCGUCCGUUCCAUCUCCAACGGCAAACUUCGCAGUGGUUUCCGCCACGUCUCCAAUGGCGACCCUCCCAAUACCAUCUUUGUAAAGCUUCAGUGCCGGGGCGACUCAUACUUGUCCAAGUGCCACUCUUGCCUCUCCACCGCAUUCUCUGGGUUUGGUAGGAAAUGUCCGAGAAAUAAGGGGGGAAUAAUCUGGUAUGACAACUGCGUUCUCGAGGUUUCUUCGAUCAAUACUUUAGCAAAAAUUGAUUACCAGAACUACUUCUAUAUGUACAACGCUAAGGAUGUGAGCGGCAAUAUAGAGUCGUUCAACAAGAAUACGAAGGCUCUCCUCUAUAAUCUGAAGGAGAAAGCGAAUAGUAAAGAAACCAAUGCCGGCAGGGAUAAUACCGUGUAUGCGGCCGGGGAGAAAAUGCUCGGCGCGAUGAAGUUGUAUGCAAUGGUGCAAUGUACGCAGGACUUAUCGCCUGAGGAGUGCAAUGUGUGUUUGAAUUGGAUUUUGUUGAAGCUUCCCGAAUGCUGCAGCGGUAAGUAAGGAGGAAGAGCUUUGAGCACGAGUUGUAAUUUUAGGUAUGAGCUUUACCCUUUUGUAAAGACUAGUUAAGACUAUUUGAUGAGAGCUUCAUAUGUAUAUUUUUGUUGUGUUUGAAUAACUGUUUUGAGCAAACACAAAGUAAUAUGCUCUUUUUUCUUGCGUCACACGAGAUGUAAUACCCUAUAUGUAUUAAAUCACAAGGGAGACUUUGGAUGUCCUCAUGAAGAAGAAAUAUAUGAGUUUUUUUUCAUAAUAAAAAUGCAAAGUAUGUUUCUGGUCAAAAGAAAAAAAAGAAAUGCAAAAUAUAUAUAGGUUUUGAUAAAAAAAAAUAAUAAGGACAU